CACCUUGGCCACGGUCGUCGUCAUCAACAUCAUUAUCAUUAUUAACAUCGACGUUGUUAUUUCAAAUUUGUUUUUUUUUUGUUUGUAUUCAAAGAAUUUUUUUCUAUAUUCAAAAGUAAAUUAAUUCAGCAUAAUAACCGAAAACAAAACAAAACGACAACGACAAGUUAAUAUUGAUAUUUUUCUUAUUGUUCCAUUAUCAUCAUUUGGAUUAAAAUCCACAGCGAAAAAAAAAAUGUUUGGUAAAAAGAAAAAGAAGCCAUUAAUAUCGGCACCAACAAAUUUUGAACAUCGUGUUCAUACCGGAUUCGAUCGUAAAGAAGGAAAAUUUGUCGGUCUUCCACCACAAUGGCUUUCACUUAUACAUGGUGGUAGUAAUAAUAAUGGUGGUGGUAAUUCAAAUCGUCCAAAACCGAUAAUCGAUCCAUCCAAUAUAACACCAACCGAAAUAAUGGAUAUUAAAAGUCAUACAAUUGUUCGUGGUCAAAAUUCUUCGGUUAAUGUUGCUACAGCAUUUAUUGCGGCAAAUAAUAAAGAUAUAAAUAAUAGCGGUGGUUUACAAUUAUCAAGCCGAAGUUUAGUAUCACGUUCAAAUUCAUUACGUCGAAUUGAAUCACCACAACCAUUGAAAAAGAAAUUUAAUCAAUUUAAUCAACAACAGAAUUUUAUUGAACAACAACAGCAUAAUGAAAAUGUGAUAAAUCAUCAAAAUGAUAUUCAUAAUCAUUAUCAUCAUCAUCAACAACAGCAACAACAACAACAAAUGCUGAUGCCAAAUAAUCAACCUCCAAUACGUCCAUUUAAUCUUCAUCAUCAUCAAAAUCAUAAUAAUCAUCAACAACAAGUUCCAUUACAACAAACAAUGACAACAUUAAAUUCAACAAUGGAUUCAAUACAUCAAUCAUCAUCAUCACCAUCAUCAUCAUCAACAACCAUAAUGAAUCCAUUAUUAAGUACAGCAAAUAAUUUUAUGAUGGCAAAUAAAAUAUAUCCGGCACGUAAUCCUGCACCGGUUUUUCAAUAUCAAGUUCCUCCACCACCACAACCACCACCAAUAUCAUCAUCAUCAUCAUCAUCAAUACAUUCGAAUGGACAUUUUGUACAAAAUGGUGGUAAUAAUAAUAAUAACAUUAAUAAUCAUCAUCAUAAUAUGAUGAAUCAACAACAACAACAACAACAACAACAUCAAUCAACAAUGAUGUCAAGAAAUAAUUUUAAUUCAAACAAAAUCCGUUAUGGUAUAUUGCCACAAGUUCAACAGGCAAAUUUUAUUUCGCAUAAUAAUAAUAAUGCUAAAAUUGUAACAAAUCUAUCAAAUAAUAAUAAUGCUAAUUAUCAUAGUAAUCAUCAUCUACAACAACAACAGCAGCAGCAGCAGCAAUCAUUACCAAAUCAAAUGAAACAACAAACAAUGAUUUAUCAACAUCAACAGGAAAAUAAUCCUGAUCUAAUUUCAACAGCAACAACAACAACAAAUUUAAAUAAUCGUAUUAUGAAUUCAACUAAUAAUAAUAAUAAUAAUAAUAAUAAUAAUGCUCAUCAUUUUUCAUCAAAUAAUUAUAUUAAUCAAGUUAAUCAAAAUCUAUCUAAUAUGACUAUACAGACAAAAUCAAUGAAUCAUUCAAAAUUAAAUGGUUCAUCUCAACAUCAACAUCAUACACAGGAAACACAAUUAAUGAAUGGUGGUGGUGGUGGUGGUGAAAUGACUGGCAUACAACAUUAUAAUAAUAAUAAUAAUCAUCAUCAAAAUGUUACGAAUGCAUCAACAGCUAAAUCAAUGAUUAUAAAUAAUAUGCAACAUGGUAAUGUUUCAACAACAAAUCCAACUACAACAACGAUGGCAACAACAACAACAACAACAUCCGCAGCAUCAGCAACAACAAUAAAUUCAUCAACAGUUACUUCGGCAACUAUUCAACAACAGCAACGUGUUACACAUGAACAAUUUCGUGCAGCAUUACAAAUGGUUGUAAAUCCUGGUGAUCCAAGAGAAUAUUUGGAAAAUUUUGUUAAAAUUGGUGAAGGAUCAACCGGUAUUGUAUGUAUUGCCUAUGAUAAAUCACAACAACGACAAGUUGCUGUGAAAAAAAUGGAUCUACGUAAACAACAACGACGUGAAUUAUUAUUCAAUGAAGUGGUCAUUAUGCGUGAUCAUCAUCAUCCAAAUAUUGUUGAAAUGUAUAAUUCAUUUUUGGUUGAUGAUGAAUUAUGGGUUGUUAUGGAAUUUCUUCAAGGAGGAGCAUUGACCGAUAUUGUUACACAUGCAAGAAUGGAUGAAGAACAGAUUGCCACUGUUUGUAAACAAUGUCUUAAGGCAUUAUCAUAUCUACAUUCACAAGGUGUCAUACAUCGUGACAUUAAAAGUGAUUCAAUAUUGUUAGCCAGUGAUGGACGGGUAAAAUUAUCGGAUUUUGGAUUUUGUGCCCAAGUAUCGAAUGAAUUACCAAAACGAAAAUCUUUAGUUGGCACACCAUAUUGGAUGGCCCCUGAAGUAAUAUCACGUUUACCAUAUGGACCAGAAGUUGAUAUAUGGUCAUUAGGAAUAAUGGUCAUCGAAAUGAUUGAUGGAGAGCCACCAUUUUUUAAUGAACCACCAUUACAGGCAAUGCGACGAAUCAGAGAUAUGCCACCACCAAAAUUGAAAAAUUUACAAAAAGUUUCAUCGAAUCUUUUGAAUUUUUUGGAAAAAAUGUUGAUACGUGAUCCAAACAAACGAGCUACUGCUACUGAAUUAUUACAGCAUCCAUUUUUACGAUCAGCCGGUCAGCCAAAAUUAUUGGUACCAUUAAUGAGACUUUCCUAAUCAAUCUAAAUUAAUUAAUUGUUUAUUUUUCGAAAAAAAUCAUCUUUUUUUCAGUAUUUUUUUUUGUGAUUGUAAAUGUUUUU